GACAAAGCCAGCCAGAAAGCGCGUGCAUCGCCGGCUGUAAGUGGCGCGAGAUGCAGAAAAAUUCAAACCAAGGAUCAACAGCGCUGAUGGCCACCUCCAGCAAAGGACCCAAAGAUGCUUCCAAAGCCCAGAGAGACCUGUCGCCCUUCUACACUAUCCGUCGUACAUUGGACAGCUACAUGGUGACGAGGUGGUCAAAGUUUCCAGUGUUUCGGAACGUUGCCGUGCCUGCAACCCAGUCCGGUAAACCGCUACCCCUCGCGGAAGAGCUGGUGUUCCUUCGGACCUUCGAUAUUGGGAAGGCCGAUGACGAACUUUUUCUGCCCAUUUCCAUCAACGGUAUACCAUUACCGCGUACCGUGGGGACCGUAAACGUCACCCCGUUCCUCAAACACGGUACCAACCGGCUUCGAAUAGACCACUAUGCAAUGUCUGGUAAAGGAGGGGUGCUGGUGUCCAUCGACUCUGUCAAACGCGCCACCGCUGGUGAGCUCUUACGCGCGCACCAACUGGGCAAGAAGAUGAAUUCGGCGGAAAGAAGUAAGUCCCUAAUAGCGGAGACCAUCAACACGAGCUUGGACAGCGAAGUCUCUGCCACGACGGCUGUCGUGUCUGUCAGCUGUCCCCUCAGCAGAACCAGACUUCAGGUACCCUGUCGAGGAAUCACCUGCAACCACCUGCAGUGUUUCGACGCCAUUUGUUACUUGAAAACCAACGAGACAGCUCGAGGGCCAGGCGUAUGGCGUUGUCCCGUGUGCUACCGUAUCGUCGAUGUGACGGACCUGGAAAUAGACCAACUUUGGGUCGAGAUACUAAAGGAAGUGCCUUCGUCCUGCGCAGAAGUACAGCUCUACGAAGACGGCAGCUGGACUGCCGUUGACGCGAAAGAAUGGUCCGUGAUAUUGGCGGACGACUCGUUUGUGUCAACUGCCAUUCUCGACGAGACCAUCGAUUUAACGGAAGAUAGUUAACAUACUCUCGCUCUCUUACGCUUAACACCUCUCUCUCUCUCUCAGCACUUGAGCAUUUAUGAGCUUGCAACCUGUAGCACUUGAAGGUGGACGUAGUUUUUAACGGAUGGGUACACGCUCUAGACGAAGUAUUUGUGCUGCAGUUUGCUUAUGCGGAAAACCUAAAUUUAGUAGUAAAUAAUGACUAAGCGCAAUCAACGACGUCUUAGCGGGAAUGAGCGAUGUAUGUAGAGUGAAUAUUUACUUUGACUGCGUUUUCCUUUGUGCGAAAAAUAUGAUAGGUGUGUAAACGAGUUUGUAAUGUGAAGUAUACCUAAUCGUAAUCGACGUUAAAUUGUCAUUAAUGGUACACGGUGCAGCGGAAGGAGUUCUAUGGGGACUUUACGUGGGAGAGAAGGGUUUCCACCUUGGUUAGCCUCUUCCAAAUGCAUUACCAAAUCUACCAUUUCGGGGGAGGGGGGGUGAACUCCCAGAACCCCUUCUCUGGCUACGCCAGUGCAUAGGAGUUUUCCCUUGUGUUCUGUCCUGUGUGUUGUGCCUUUUGCCUCAAAGUCAGGAAAAUGUUACUUUAAUCUCGCAACAAAGUAAGGAGUAAGUUGACCUCUUUAUUCGUUCGACACCCCAACACACCAUCCCUUCUGCUUUUCGAACAGGAACACCAGUCUUGAAAACUGUCUUGGUUACGAAGGAUGAA